UUUAUACGAUUUCUAGUAUAAUUUUUUUUUCUGAUGUGAUGAUGUGAACCAGAUGUCGCGACUGGUACUGCAUAAUAUAGUCAAUUGGUGAUUCUCGCCACACUCGUUUUCGUCAGAAUAUACACUACAUAAGCUCUUUUUUUCCUAUAUAUUUUAUUAUAAUGGUUAACUUUGUUAUUAAUUUCUUCUCUCUACGCACUUAUAGCUUCACAAAAAAAAACGAAGGUUUCAUUCUGUUCUUCUCUAUAAUUUAUCUUCUUUUUCUCUUAUUUGUUAUUAUUGUCGAUCACAUGCACAUGAACUAGUCGAAAAGAAGGUUAUCUUUUAAAACUGUUUCAUGAUGAUUAUCGCGUUCAACAUAUUUUCUUUCGUCUACCUUUUUUUUGUGAUUCAUGUAAAUUUCAUCAUGGUCGAGAGUAUGUUGUUUAUUGAAAAUCUAUUUCAUAAAAAAUUCUUUUUUUUUAAAAUUUUUAUAUAGAUGGUUUGUUAUUAAACAUACCUAUAUAAAAUAUAUAUGGCCUGAUACAUAUGAAGUACGUUUUACAAUGUUAGUAGAUCGUGCUUUUGAAAUUUUACCUGGUUUUCAAAAUACUCGUACAUAUAAUGGUAUUAAAAUAAAAAAUUUACAACGUAUAUUAGUUAUUAAAUAUCGAAAUACACGUGAUUCAGAGGAAUGGACACAGCAUUUAUUAAAUUUAACUAAUCAAGCAAAAGAUUUUAUAAGUACAACAGCGCAGCAAGUUGUUUUAAUUUAUUUGCACUAG